CAGAGCCUCCGAAAAUAGCAUUGUCAAUAACAUUAUUUCAGAAAAUAACAAUAAAUUACGCAUUUCGGCGGGUUCAGCCAUCUACCGUGAUAAUUUAUUGAUGUGCUUUGUGAUAUUACAUAAUUUAUGACAGUUACCUUUAUAUAAUAAUGUUAGCGUUUUACCAGCCAUCUUCUCGCUUCCAGUCGUUCAGAAGAACUGGAAUCAAUGGUUGUCUGCGUUGCUAGUUGCAGCUCAUUUGGCAGCGCUCACUUUUCAAUUUUCACUUCUCAAGCCUCCAAGACCUCAUCCAGCAUGGUUCGCGCUAAACGCCCCCCUCGCCCUACCUACGCGAACUCCCAAGUCUCGGGGUUUUACUUCCGCCCGUGUCGCGACGAGAACGACGAGGUGAUUCUCGAGUAUUUCCGUUGCCGUUGCGGCACGGUUCGGAAGCAAACCCAUAGGAACGGGUACUCCAACCUGAUGAAAAAUAUCAGGCGGGAGCACCCUGACUACGAGACCGUCAUGCUCGACGCUACGACGGCGGAGACAGGCUCCCUCGUGAACUUCGUCCGCCACUCGGCGCGCAACCUCCACGGCUGGAUGGUUUGGAUUGUCAUGUGCAACCUGCCACUCUCUUUUUGUGAGAGCCGAGAAGCUCGGCGGUACGUGUAUGCAUAAGGUCAUUGUGUUUACAUUACUACGGAAACUAACAACUUUACUUUGUGGAUGUUAUUCAGCUACUCCAGCCUGGACCCCAUCUCGGAGGAAACGCUGCGGGCUGGCAUGGACGGGGUCGUUGUCGCCGUUGAGCGUUCGAUUGCGUCGGAGCUCCCAGCACGCUUCGGCAUCAUGCUCGACGGCUGGACACACGCAUCUGAGCACUACAUCGCCGUGUUCGUGUGCUAUGAGGUGAACGGCUGUCCCAAGACAACGCUACUCAGCAUGGCCCCGCUGCUGGACGCGCUGGACGACGAUCUCUCAGCGCAGGGCCAUCUCGAAUUUCUAGCGACCAUGCUGCCGCGCGAUUCCGGCGUACAGCUGGCGCAGUGUCGCUUCCUCGUAGCUGACAACUGCGCCGUAAACCGGCGGCUGGCAACUCUUAUGAGUGUGCCGCUUGUUGGUUGCGCAAGCCACCGCCUGAACCUUGCUGUUCAGGCGGACAUGGCGUCGCAUGAGGAGGACCUGGCUGCUGUGCAGGCGCUCAUGGCUAAAUUGCUCGGCUCGAAGGCCCUUCAAGGCCACGACGUCGACCUGCUGGACGUUCGCGAGUGGUUCGACGAGCUGAUCGCUGUCAAGCCACAAUAUGCGCGCUACAUUGGUAAGUUUGUAACUGUUGAAUUUGUGUUUAAUAUUUUCACUAACAAUUGUAUAAUGGUUUUUACUUUGCAGGGCCUCGGGCCAACAUUGUGCACAACCCAGAUUUUGAGGCUGGGUGUGUACGCGUUCUCCGCGGGAAGGCGCAGCGGCUGACGCGUGCUGAAAAGGCCGCUUUGCAGCCCUUCGAAGCUGCCAGACCGGACGACGCGGCCACGAGUGAAGAGGAGGAGGAUCCAGCCGCGUCGUUCGUGGAGCGUCUUCGGAAGCGCCGGCGGCUUGCACAGGACCGUGUCAAGUAUGAGCAGCUGAAGAGCAUCCCACCCACGUCGAACGUGGUGGAACGCUUCUUCAGCAUUGCUCGGGUGACGUUUGGUCAUCAACGACACGGCUGCUGCCACGCACGCUUGAGACGAUUUGUUUCUCCGCCAGAAUCGGUCGUACUGGGAUGCAACGACUGUGGACAAUUUGAGCUAGAUGAUAAGCUAACUGGUGUCUUGUUAAUAGACUUCAUGCUUUUCAUAAUGGCAUUAUUUAUUGUGGUACGUUCGGGGCAAUGCCAUAAUGUACUGUUGUAUUGGUAGGAAUAAUUUAUUCAGCAACGCCCAACCUACUAAAUAAAAAUGCCAUAUCCGGAGGCCCUG